CGGAAAAAAUUAUUUUUCACUCGUGUUUAUAAAUAACAUUGAUAGUGUACUAUUCCAUAUGUUUCGAUUUAGUAUCACACGAUGAGUCAGCUGCUGCGUACAGGAUAUAAAGAAUACGAAUCUGAGGAAUUCUACGACACAAUUUCAUAAAUAUUUAUGUCAGUAGAUUGAGAAUGAAGUGCUCGUUCUUGUCACCAUGCAAAUUUAAAUAAGUUGUAAAAUAAAGGCAUAAAAAAAUAAUUUGUUGAAAACAAGUUGUAGUUUGACCAAUUUGUUUAUGUCUUGCUGUGAAAAGACCGUAAACCUUUUCCAUUAAAGACUUUCACGCAUCUUCGUUGGUUUUCGAGAUAGUACUUGUGCGUCGAAACUUUGAAGCGUGGUUUCAGCCCUUAAACUCUAACAAUAAGGUAUCGAUACUGUGUGGUCAAUCGCUGGACCAAAAUGAGAGGAAGAGACUGAUUGCACUUAACUCGCUCGGCGCGUCGCGGAGGUGCCCGAGAACGUGCGCGCGCGCGCGCGCCUAUCGACCAGAUCCUCCGGUCUCUCCUCCUCUCUGUUCGACCUCGGUGUCGACGGUUUAUGCAUUUCGUUAGAAUCCCAGCCACGGCAACGCCUCGACGCAGCCUGGAACGUCUUCCGGGGAUCGGGGAACUGGCCGGUCCCCACGUGGCCACGUGCGAAUCAUGAGAAUCAAGAAACUGCACGAUAUCCCACGAUUGUAUUCUUUCUGUGAUUCAACCCGCUCCGAACGGUGUCCAUUACCGAAGGAAGUCGAUCAAACGUGUUCCGGAAACUGACUCCGGAGCAUCCCCGGCGCCUGGGGCUGCCCAGAGACUUCCACAGUGAAACACGGAGAUCGAGUGUGAGUGAGGAUCCUGGAGAAGUCCUCGGGUUUGUGGACUCCACGAUGUUUGGUAAAAACGCGUCGGGAGUGCACCUGUGUGCAUAAUCGAAAGCCUAAAAGACUGUGGUCACGUAACAGGUCGCGGGGUGCGUCAAAUUUGACCCGUUUUCGAAGAUGGAUCGUUAAGAAUGAGGGAGGCAGGGAGGAUGAGAUAGACACGAAAUUUGCAGCCACCUAGCGUUACGUUAAAAUGCAUCGAAACGACAGAGUGGUUGCGUUAAAGUGCUCCGAAUUGAAACCUUCCUGACACUCAUGAGCGUCGAAUCAGGGCGUUCUAUGCGUUAAAGUGUGUCAAAUUGAGGGCCACAUACAAGUUCCAAGCACCGCACUGUGCAGUUUCUGUUCGAAGUCUUGACAAUAAUCGGACGACCUAGGAUCGAGGAUCCAGUUUCAAGGACAACGAACGUUUUUCAUUCAGCGAAUAACGACGGCCUGGUGAUUAACGACGAAAGAGAUUUGAGACAGGAAGUACUACAGAUUCAGUGGUCACGUGGACAGCUUCUGGGAAAGCUUCUAUCUAGAGUUUCGCAGCGAUAUAACGUGUUCUGGAGUGGAUAUUUGGGGAAGGAUGCCAGGAUUUGAGGCACUCUGCAACGAGACUGACGAUGAAAGCAGAGAAAAGAGGAUUGAAGAAACCCAACAUUGUUCGACGGAAGACCAAAGAUCUGUUAAACGCAUGUUACCACCACCAAGACCGAUCGUAAAGGGGGAUCGAUGGUUACGGUAGUAGCAGUAUCUUUGAUUCUGAUAAAAUUCGUAAAUCGGGCGAUGCAAUAUACUGGUUUUCGUGGUAUCUUUCAAUUACUCGAAACUGGUUGACAAGGAAGGUUCCUUUGGCAUGUGCGAUUACUCUCAAGACAAGGUAGUGAUUCGUGGCGGCAAAAAGGCGCUGGACGAUAAGCGCGGCGUUUUCAAUUUUGAACUCGACAGCAAGAUAUACAAGAGUCGAUUACGAUUAAGAAGAUGGUUAAUAGGUCUUUUGAUCUUCCUGUUCGUCUCAUUGAUCGUUAUAAACACAUACAAUACGGACCAAUUUCGAGCUGUGCGAUAUGGAACAAUCUUAAACGACACCCUUCAAGAAAAGUUGGAUAAUUCUGGCUUCCUAGUCCGCAACAAGGGUUGUCGAAUCCCAGCCAUGGAUCCUUACGAUUCAGCGAUCAAACGUUUUAUCCGGAAGGAGGAACCAAUCUCUUGCGAGCAUGGGGACCAUUUACCAUUGGUCGAAUCAAACGACACAGCGUUGUUCGUGAAUCCAGCAGCGAUAAAUCAUUUUUACAACAAAUCAGAGGAGGUCGAUUGCUGUUGGCGUCCAUUUUGGCGAACGAAGGACGAGGAUAAUGCUGUUACGUACGAUAACGAAUGCUUCAAGUUCCAAAAUUCCACGGAAAUCAGCACCGAAUUCGUGAAGGUCGAAUGUUCCCGAAACAACGAGGUGAUAUACAAAGAUUACCACGUGUUCUUGCCCCGUCUAUCUACGACAGAAAAAAGAUGCGAGAAAGCGAAAGCUGCCAACCCGAAGAGAGAUUUUCUUAACCUGUUGAUCGUCGGCAUCGAUUCGGUCUCGAGGAUAAACUUCCAUAGAAUGAUGCCACAUACCGUGCAGGCCUUGCAAAGCCUCGGUGCUGUCGAGAUGCUGGGUUACACCAAGGUGGCUGACAAUACGUACCCAAAUUUGGUACCCGUGUUAACCGGCUUGACUGAAGGUGAACUUCACGACCUAUGCUGGCAAACCAAACACAAAACCUUCGACGACUGCCCAUUCAUCUGGAAGAAUUUCAGCGCAGCCGGUUAUCGGACAGCGUUUGGCGAAGAUGCAUGUAGUAUAACAACGUUCAACUACCUGAAACCGGGCUUCCGUGUUCCGCCAACGGACUACUAUCUGAGACCCUUCUGCAUCGCCUCCGAAAAGGACAUCGGCAACACGCACAAACUGAACGCUAAUCUGUGUGUGGGCACCAGAAAGUCUUUCGACAACUUGCUGCACUACGCUCGAAAAACGGCUUCACGGUUCUCUAGGGACCCUUAUUUCGCCUUGAUCUGGCAGUCCAGCUUGACUCAUGAUUUCUUCAACUAUCCACAGCUAGGCGACCAGUCCUACUACAACCUGGUCGUCUAUCUGUCCAGCCAACAGUUGCUGAACCAAACAGCGUUGAUAGUGAUGAGCGAUCAUGGAAUGAGAUGGGGCGACUUUCGGGAGACUUAUCAAGGCAGAAUGGAGGACAGUCUUCCGUUCGUGUUCAUCGUACUGCCAGCCUGGUGGAGAGAGAAGUACCAAGUAGCCUGGGCCAACCUGCGCAGAAAUGCACGAAGUUUGACAACAGCGUUCGACCUUCACGAGACCUUGAUGGACCUGUUGUAUUCAGAGAACCUGGAAGAGUCGCGGUUAAAAAGCCGUUUUCAGGCAAUGCCGAAGGAAAACGAUCUACCCCGCGGGAUAAGCUGGUUUUUGCCGAUUCCUGAUUAUCGAACGUGCAACAUGGCGGGUAUAGCCAGUCACUGGUGCAUGUGUCACGACAGCAUAGAUGUGGCUUUGAACGAGGGGAGUCUUAUGGAUAAGGCUGUGUUCUUGAUCUCGGAGCUGAACAAGAUGUUGAAGAAAUUCACGCAGUGUGCAGUGCUGAAACUGAAAGAAAUUAAAGCGGCGAAGGAAUGGAGGAACAAGGGCAAUGGGUCGGAACUCGUUGACUAUACGAUUACGCUUCAAACGGAACCUGGUAACGCGAUAUUCGAGGGCACCAUACGACAUAGAAGCAGCGAUAAGAGUAACAAACUGGUGGGAUCGGUCAGCAGAUUAAAUGCAUACGGGAAACAGAGCGCUUGUAUUGACGAAUACAAUAUGAGACUGUAUUGUUACUGCCUCUAGAAUCUAGGCUCUGGAACCUAAGGUCUAGGUUGAUUUUCAUAUUUUUCUGAAAUGAUCUGAAUCUUGAUGGCCUCAAAUGGAAUUGUUAUGACAGACAGCAUGUGAAGGGAAUCACACUGUGAUAAGGUUCUUUUCUUUAAAGGUUUCAUGCUUAACAAGUACAGCGUCUAAUGCUAAUACGUGUAUACUGAAACAAUGUUACGUAUUUAAUCGCGUGCGUGCGUGCAUGUAUGUGUAUGUAUGCAUGUAUGUAUAUGUUUAGUCCACUGUGAGAUACAUGUUUUUAAAUCGUUACCUGAUAUGAUUUGUGGAAGACAGAUAAGCAACUGCCACUUAAAAAACUGAUGAGACUUGCUUUUUGUGUGAAACCUUUUAAAAAAUAAAAUUAAUGUGAUAAAAGGGAAUUUCGUUUUUGUGAAUAUCUGUCUUCAAAAACGUGCAAUUUUAUAUAUGCUGUGGUGCAAUAUGUUAGCGCCGAGCAAAUGGAACACUUGCCCUAAGAUACAUGCUAGAGGAGUUACAUUUUGUAAAAAUUAAAUGAAGCAAUUUGUGCUAUGUUUAUCUUUAAUUUAUAAGAAGAGUAUGUUAUUAGAAAAACAUUAGCAGACUUACGAGUAAGCUGAGUGGAUUGUAUUAAUCAAAUUUGAGUGAAUAUUGUGUUUGACUUCGAUUUUGUUGAGAUUUUGUUAAUAUAACAGCAUUGAAUAGCAUUAAAAAUUUGUUAUACAAUGUAUGAUUAUAUUUAUAUAUAUUAUUUUUUGAAUGCAUGAAUUUCUGAAACUAAGAAUUCAUGUUUCUAGAACAGUUUCCAAAGUCUGAACAAAUUUUACUUCAUAAUAUUAGUAUAAAUUUUCCAUCAAGCCUAAGCAUGUUACAUAUAAAAAAGUAAACAUAUCUGUUUCCAAUUAGAUAUUUUCAAUGACAUCGACUUUCACCCUAUGUCCUGCAAGCUAUCGAUGACCCUGUUAUGGUACAAUAUUGUAAUUAUAAUCCAUUGUUUGAUAGCAUAUACGUUGUUAUGGCACUGCAAUUACCACACAUUGUUAACAUAAUUGAA